CUAACCAGUUUCUACAAUUCACCCAUGGAUCAGGUCAGUCUGAGUUAAUUAACUCUUUCUGGCCCUGUCAUCUUUCAAUGAAAUAUUAUUUUACACUCAUAACGUCACAGCCACAAUUCCUGCUCCCUGCAAUAAGCAGCCUUCUCGCUGCUAUCCCAGAAUCUCUGUCUACGCUAAGACCCAUCCCACCAGCCCCCGUAUGCUGCAAAAAACGUGCACUGAAAAUGCAGCUUGCUGUCAGCCCAAUAGUCCUGGUACAUAAAUAAAAUAAAUAUAAAAUUCCAUGCAGUGUUGCAACGUGCACUAAAAUCACAUUUCACUUGGCCACACAAUCUUGCAACAUGCACUAAACACGCGUUGCACCCUUAGCGACGCAAUUCUGCUACAUGCCUUAAAAAUGCAUUUGACUGUGACUGACAUCAUCCUGCUGCAUGGAAAUAUAUUGCAUCUCUCCAUUAUUUCACAAUAAGGCACCAAGAUAUAAAAGGUAUCUAUCUCACUCACAUCCCAUCAUCCCUGCUACCUGCAGGUAAAUGCAGCCCUGCGACAAGUCAUGAAAUCCAUCUAAUAAUCUGCAAUAAAAAUCUGUGCAGCUAUUAUUACUGUAUUCGUUUUAUUAUUUACAAACAUACUGUAGAGUCAGAUAUGGUCUUUUCUCCUGUUUACUUUUUAGGGCCCCGAUCCUGCAAAGGGCUUUCCGUGAGCCUGGAUUGUAACCCCCGUGGUCAUUCUCACUGGAGUGAGUGGGGGGAAAUAACUUAGGUUCAGCUUGUCACAGAGUACAUGGGGCCUUGUGUAUAGGCCCUGAUCCUGUUUGCCCUUGAAGUCAUUGGCAAAAGUCCUGUUAACUUCAAUAGGAACAUGAACAGAUGCUAUGGCCCUAAUCCUGCAAUUAAAUCCUUGUGUGUAGCAGACGUGUCUCAAUGUGCAGCCCCGUUCCUUUCCGUUGGGCUUUAUGUGAAUGAAGGGGUCCAUCCCCACAGAUCCAAUUGCAGGAUUGGGUCACAGUUUCUGUGAAAGCAAAGUUAGCUGGAGUAAGACUCUCUGACCACCACUCACCUGGAGCCUUGCUGGAAAUGGGACAUUUAUCUCAUGAGGCUGUCAGAGCGCACAACCCUGCCAAUAGAUAUUUAUUGUUACAUUUGUGAGGAUUUAGAUUUAUAGCUACCAAGCCUUAAAAUUAAGGUAAUACAGACAACUUUAAAACCACCCUUCUCUACGGGAAUUCUUUACCUUGGUUGUUAUCAACAACAUUUAAGGUGACUAUGGCUGAAAGAGAAUACAGGAGAAAAAAAGAUUUGUCACUGCCUUUUUUCCAUUGAUUGACUUUGUGGCAUUUGACAGCACUUUGCAUAUAGCCUUUCCCCCGUCAUUUGUUUGGGUCAAAGCCCUGGACAUUGGGAGCAUGUCUUAGUGAUAGAUGGAUUGUUAACUCUUUAAAAAAUGAUCUUGUGUUGACUGUCUCUUUAAGUGUUAAGGGGAGUGGCUAGUGAUGCCAAAACUAUGUAAGUGAAAGAGAGAGGAGAGAAAGGUCAGAAGAAGGGGAGGAGUGUUUCUGGCAAGUGAUGCCCAGUUUGCUAAGUGGAUGAUAUUUAGUAUUUCAGUGCUGGGUUAGGUCUUUAGUUUUCCUUUUGCAGAUCAUAUCCUUAAAGGAGGAGUAAAGAAGUAAAAUCCCCCCACUUCUUGUCCAUCACUGGGCAGCUCCUUUGAGGACAACCUUCUAGGAGGGAUUGCCAUGUAACAGCAGAGCAGAUUACAAAUUCUGGCCAGUUACGAAAGGUAGCAUCUAAACAGGCCGGCUCCCUGCGCACAGGGCGGAGGUUGACGGCGCUUGGGACACUGGACUCACCCUUGAGGCGCUCUUCGUUCAUUCCCCCAAGGCUUUGGGGAGGAUGAUCCCACUUGGGAAAGCGCUUUGUACUGCUGGGAUUAUAGUUGGGCUCCUGGCUUUCUUCUGGAGAGACACCUUUAACCCAGACAGCAUCUCUGGUGCCCGAGUUCUCCUGACCGGAGCCAGCGCUGGGAUCGGAGAGCAGAUGGCAUAUCAUUACUCCAGGUUUGGUGCUGAAAUAGUUCUGACUGCCAGGAGGGAAACCCUGCUGCAGAAAGUGACGGAGAAAUGCCUGCAGCUGGGAGCAAAGAAAGUCUUUUACAUCCAGGCCGAUAUGUCUUCCCCUCAAGCCCCAGAAAAGGUGGUGCAGUUUGCUUUGCAAAACCUGGGGGGACUGGAUCACCUGGUGCUGAACCACAUUGGCGGGACCCCUUUCCAGAUGUGGGAUGGAGACGUGGAACACACCCGCUGGCUCAUGCAGGUGAAUUUCCUGAGUUACGUGGCCUUGGCAUCUGCAGCUCUUCCCAUCUUGGCUGAGAGUAAAGGAUCUCUGAUUGUGGUUUCUUCCCUCACAGGGAAAAUCUCAACUCCCUUCGCAACCUCUUACUCCGCCACCAAGUUCGCUCUGGACGGAUUCUUUAGCUCCCUGCGCCAUGAGCUCGCCAUGCAGAAGCAAGAUGUGUGCAUCACACUCUGCAUCUUGGGGCUGAUCGACACCGAAAUGGCUUUGGAGAAGACGAGGGGCAAGGUGUACAUGAGCGCCUAUCCCGCUGCUGAAGCCGCGCUGACCAUCAUCAAAGGCGGAGCCACCAGGGCACGGGAGGUGUUCUACCCCUGGUGGCUGGAGCUGCUGUGCCACCUGCGGGAUUGGUUCCCCAACCAGAGGGAUGUCGUUAUACAGAGCUUCUAUAACUACACCAGCGCCUGAUGGAUGCAGAGCUGCCAUUCCCUUCGCCCUGCAGAUACAGGCGCAAGGCCCUCGCCUCCUGCUGAGGUCAAGGUCAGCCAUUGGCUUCAGUGCGAGCAGCGUUUGGAUCUGGAACAAAAAAUGUCAGGAAAUCAUUGGAUAAGGGUCCAGUAGCAACCUUAGCUCUGACCCCUCCUUUGUCCCCAUCAACCUUAGCUCUGACCCCUCCUUUGUCCCCAUCAACCUUAGCUCU